UUUUAGCUUGGGUUGCGUUAGUCUGUUUUCUUUCUCAUUAGUUACUGAGCUAAGCUAGGCUCCAGCUGCGGCGGUGCUAACGCUAGUAGUAGUACUUCAUUUCCAUUAAAUAUAAAGCGUAUUCGGCCCAUUUUAAAGCAAUUACUGAAACUAAUGUGUUUAAGUAUGUGGGAGUUAAAACUGGAGUUGUUUACUGGCUGUAACGAGCGGCUUUAUGUAGCCGGCUGAUGCUAAUUUAAUCGUCUUGACUUCAGCUAAAUUGAGUAGCUCAUGUCAUUUAUACACCUGGCUAAGAGUGGAAGAACAUCUGUCUGUCUGUCUGACAGCUAAAAUAUUAAUUCACGUUAGCUAAUUAUAAUACAGAAACACAAAGUAGUUGUUUGAGGUUUUUCUUCUUUAGCACACAGUGGGAAUGGUGGUGUUUCACUGAUGUUCUUCAGUGCAAAAGCCAGUGCAUUAGAUUAGACUCACAGAAGCAUGAGACUGAUGUGAAAUAAAUGCACUGCCAAUGUUUGUGUAUGAAACUCACCAGAUUUCUACAAGUAGUAGUGAGGAACGUCCAGGAUGAACCGUGCCUUUUCACCAUCGCUGGUUAGGCCGACCCUGCCUCUGAGAAGACCUGCAUCAAGUCCAGGUUUAGUGACCCCAGGCAGCCUGAGCCCUGUAAUUAACCACCAGGGCACCUGCGUACCCCAAGAACGGUCUCUGUUGACUGGCAGCUCAGACGCUCUCAAAGCUGAAGGGUGGAUGCCUGCGAGAGACAACAGUCCUAGAGCUGGACCCAUACCUGCUCCAGUAACAGUGAACCUGUGUAAUUACUGCAGUAAGCAAGGUAAUCUUAGGUGCACACGCUGCAAAAAGACUUGCUACUGCUCGGUAGCUUGUCAGACAGAGGACUGGAAGGCCCAUCGCCACAUUUGUAAACUGAGUGCUACUGAAAAUAGUGCAAGCAGUGAUAAACCAAAGGAGUCCCUGAUCCUACCUUGUGGAGAUGGAGCUAGUGUUUUAGAAUCCAAAGUGAAUAACAGUCAUGUGGUUGAAACAAAGAGAGUUUUCCUGCGAGAUUUACGCAAGAAUAACUUCUCCAAAGGAGAUGAAGUCCAAGGAUCUGUGGUGGAAAUGAGGACCCCUGGGAAGUUCUUCAUCCACAUCCAGUCGGUGGAGAUCUCUGAGAUCCUGAAGAACAUCACUCUGAAUCUACAGAAGACCUACAGUGGUUCACUUGCAUCUGCAUAUAAGCCUGAAAUUGGGGAAAUCUGUGCUGUGAAAUUCUCUUUUGAUCAGAAUUGGUAUCGAGGUGAAAUAGAGUCUGUUGAUUUGGAUCACCACACUGCCAAAGUGCUCUAUAUAGACUUUGGAAAUGAAGAGGAUGUCAAAUUUGACCAGACACGCCCCCUGUCAGCAAAUAUUGAUGCUGCACCACCAUGUGCUCUACAGUGUUGUAUUGCUGGAGUAACUGCAAUCACGAGCAGUUGGACAGGCGAAUGUUGUAUUGCGUUGAGGCAGCUGGUUGCUGGAAAAAGCCUGACUUUCACUGUGGUUGAUGUCCUGAACAGUAGCACUGUGCUUGCUGUAGAUGCGUCUUUGUCCACACUUGGUAAGAAUCUCAGUACGUUCCUAAUUGACCAGGGCUAUGCGUUGAAAGAGAACACUUCCACAAAGCCACAGAUCAAGCAAGAUAUCAAUUCUUUAAUGACUGCAUCAUUUGAAAACUUCAAGCGUUUGUCUGAUGGGAAAAACGAGAACACUGAGGCUCAGCCACCAGAGCCCUUGAGUCAAGGAGUGGGAGACACCUUCACAGCUAUAGUCACCCAUCUUCAGUCCCCUUCCGAGAUCAUCUGCCAAAAGCUAGAAAACGCCAGUGUUAUUCAGCAGUUACAAAAAAAUUUGAGAGACCACUGUACCAAGACUCAGGCCAGUGAGAACUUCCGACCUGCUCCUGGAACUGUCUGCUGUUCCCUUUUCUCAGAGGACAAUCAGUGGUAUAGGGCCAAAGUCUUGGCAUAUUCCUCUGAGGAUCGGGUGUGUGUGGGUUACAUAGACUUCGGGAACUCGGAAGAGGUGUCGUUGAAUCAGUUGCGUCCUAUCAGUAUGGAGCUGUUAGCUUUGGCUACUCAGGCAAUCCCAUGUGCCCUGGCAGGUAUUAAGCCCACUUCAGAUGUGUGGUCAGAAGAGACAGUUGUUACGCUGAAACAAUUGGUCUGUAACCGCUUCAUCCGUGUGGAGAUUCUUGGAGAGCAAGAUGGAACAGCAUUGGUCUCGAUGGUUGAUGAGUCCAGUGAUCCUCAGACUAAUGUAGCCGAGCUGCUCGUUGCUACAGGCCAUGCUACUGUAGGAAAUAUGGAAACGAAAAAAGAGGAAGCAUUUGAAAGCCCUGAUGGUCCUGUAGACAAAUUGGAGUGGUCUUGUGCAGAACUUCCCACCGAUGGCCAGAAGGUGGUGCUAGUGGUCAGUGUACUGGAAAAUCCUGGGCAAUUCUACUGCUAUAAUUACAAUGCAAAAGGCAUGCAGUCCCUGGCAGAGUUGUCCACUGCUCUAACGAAGCACUGUGAGGCUGAUGGGACUCCUUUCAACCCUACUGUUGGACAGCCCUGUUGUGCUCGCUUCAGUGAUGGUAGCUGGUAUAGAGGCACUGUGCAGAGUCUUGAGGGAGAUGGAAAUGCAAAAGUGUACUUUGUAGAUUAUGGAAACACUUGUAAAGUACAGGCAGCCCAUCUAAGAGCCAUCAAGCCUAGCCUCCUCAAACACCCUUUCCAGGCCAUAUGUUGUUGGCUUGCAGGACUUGAGCCUAUAGGGGCGGAGUGGAGUAAGGAGGCAGUGCAGAAGUUCCAGACUCUGUGUGUGGGGAAGCAGCUCAAUGGCAGAGUGCUAGCCGUCACUGAGAAGGGUUAUGGAGUGGAGCUGGAGUGUAGUGGCCAAAACAUUGCUGCUGUACUCGUUGCAGAACAGCUCGCCAAACCUUCAGGACAGGAGAACAAGCCUGAUUCACAAACAGCCACGUUCACUGAACAAGCAGAAGUAUCUCCUGCACCGAUGCCUGCUGAGAAUCACUCUCACACUGAGCAGCUAGCUAAAACCACUGGACAAAAACCUGCUGCAUCACAGUCCAGCACAUCAAGUGAAUCUGCUUCAUUUCCUCUGGAUUGGAAGACAGUGGAGUUGCCUCGCAGCGAGACUUUCCAGCCUCAGGUGGCAGCAGUGACCAACCCAAGUCUCUUCUAUGUGAUGAAUCCUAGAGAGGUGAACAUAGAGAAGUUGCAGAGUGUUAUGACGGAUGUGACGAGGUAUUGCAGCAAGCAGACCCUGCCCAACCAGAACAUGCCUUUACCUGGAGCAGCCUGCUGUGCUCAGUUCUCAGGUGACAAAAAUUGGUACAGAGCUGUUGUGUUGGAAGCUACAAGCACAUACGCGAAUGUGAUUUAUGCAGACUAUGGGAACAUGGAAAGGGUUCCUGUCUCUAGCCUCCUGCCCAUCCCGAAAGCACUUCUGCAGCACCCAUUUCAAAUAGCUAGAUGUGCUCUUUCAGGUAAAGAACACUUCCCAACUGUGUGGCCUCCUGAGAUCCUGGAGCUUUUUGGUAUACAGCUGAGUGGCAAAGUACUGGCCUCCGUAGAUAAUUUUGAUGGCACCUUUAACCUGCUAAAUGUUACCGAGCACUCAGCCCAAGGGGGCAGCAACAUCAACGCCAUCAUUUUAGGGGCACUAAAGAAGAAAUCUCCUGGCAAGCCUAGCACUAAAACGCUGACCCAAGACACACAGGCCCAGGGACAUGGGCAGACACAGGCUGCUAGUGCAUCCUCGGCUUCAGCUCAUAAUUUAUCUGCAGACGCUGCAAAGCCCAAACCUCAAAGUCACGAAAAAGAAAAUAUGAAGACAGCAAUGGCCAGCAUGGAAAAGGAGGACCCACAGGCCCCUCCAAAUUCAAAGGUUACCAGUAACGCAGCUCCGGCUUCGUGCUGUUGUGUGGUCCUUGAGCAGAAGAUUGCCCAAAUUGAGGAGUUGCUCCUUCUGCUUGUCAAGCAAAUCGGUGGAAGACAAAAGUAAUUCAUGUAAAUUAUGUUCCAGUUUUUCUAAACAGUUUGUCAUUUAUAGUUUGUUUAAAGCAAAAGUUGCUUACAAUUUCAUAAUUCCUUAUACUGUAUCUUAUUUAAAGUAGAGUAUUUUUACAUAAGUAUGCUUUACAUUAUAAAUGUAAAAUGAUCAAUGAGACACUCAGAAUAUUGGAGCCAUAUUUUGUGUUACUAAAAGCAGUUAGUAAAAGACAUUGUGUGAGAAUAGAGCAGAUUCAUUCUGUGUCGUGUUUCUCAUUUAUUUCUUUUGUUCUUUUUACUAUAAUAGUUUUGCCUAAUCAUAAGCAUUCUCAUUUCUAAAACAUUUGUUCACAAGGCUUGGCUUGUUGUGCUUUGUUACAGUUUUAAUAAAGUUAUUUGCAUUGUA